AUGGCCUCCGUCUUUGAGCUCGCCUGCAUCUACUCCACCCUCAUCCUUCACGACAACGAGGUGACGGUCACGGAGGAUAAAAUGAAUGCCCUCAUUAAAGCACCUGGUGCCAAUGUUGAACCUUUCUGGUUGGCCAGUGUCAACAUUGGGAGCCUCAUCUGCAACAUAGGGAGGGGCUGGUGGACCUGCUCUGGAGCUGGAGCUGCACCAGCGGGUGGUCCUGCCCCCUCUACCGCUGCUGCCCCAGCUGAGGAGAAGAAAGUGGAAGCAAAGAAGGAAGAAUCUGAGGAAUCUGAUGAUGAUGUGGGCUUUGGUCCUUUUGACUAAGCCUCUUAUUAAAAUGUCCAA